AUGUGUAAUUCUGAUGAGAGUUCUGCUUUACUUCAGUUCAAGAACUCAUUUUUAGUUAAUCUCUCUCUAGAUGGUUUUCUUUCCAGUUCGUUUUCUCCUAAUAACACGGAGUCCUGGGCAAAAGAUGAAGACUGUUGCACAUGGAGUGGUGUCACAUGCGAAAGGGUCACUGGUCACGUGAGCGGACUCGACCUUAGUUUUGGCGGGCUUCAGGGGAUACUUCACCCCAACAGCAGCUUAUUCUCUCUUGGCCAUCUCAAGAUGCUAGACCUAUCUUUCAAUGAUUUCAUGGGUUCUUCCAUUUCUUCCAUGUUUGGUGGAUUUGUAAGUAUGACACACCUUCAUCUCGCCGAUUCCAACUUCACAGGUCAAAUCCCUCCUGAAAUCUCCCACCUUUCCAAAUUGGUUUCACUUAAGCUCUCUUCUGGAUUACUUUCUUUUGAUCCCUAUGAAAGAACAACAAUAGACACGCUUAGCAUGAGAAGAAUUGCUCAGAACCUCACUAGCCUUAGAGUGCUUUCUCUCUAUAUUGUUGACAUGUCUUUAGUUGAAUCCGACUCCUUCCUGAAUUUCUCUUCUUCUUUGACCUCACUUUCACUCUCCAAUUGUAACCUGCGCGGGAAGUUCCCAUUGACUAUAUUCCACCUACCCAAUCUUGAAGAACUUGACUUAAGUGGAAACAAUAAUCUCACAGGUUAUACCCCCAAAUCAAAUUGGAGUAGUCCCCUGAAUGACUUGAGGCUCUCGGAAACCAAAAUUUCGAUAGAUCUGCUAUUCUUGACAAGCAGUUUGAAAUCUUUGAGGGUUUUGUUUCUUCAGCAGUGCAGUUUCUCACGACCACAUCUUGAAUUAUCUGGUAAUCUCACACAACUCAUGUCUUUGAUUCUAUCUGGUAAUAGUUUUGGUGGCCAGAUACCAUGGUCGCUUUUAAACUCUGAGCAACUUAUUUCCUUGGAUCUUUCAAGCAACAUGUUUGUGGGUGAACUUCCAGAAAUUCAUAGUAAUUUUUCAAAAGCAUCUUCAUAUGUACCUCAUCCUUCCAAGGAACAACUUGUUGGUUCUAUUCCUAUGGGUUUGACCAUACUCGGUUUAUCAUACAACCUGCUUGGCGGAAUAAUACCAUCUUGGGUAUAUUCUUUGCCAUCUUUGGAUUCUUUGACCCUCAGCCACAACGAAUUCAUUGGUAAUAUCCAUGAUUUCCAGUCUCCUUCCUGGAGGAAUCUUGAUUUAAGUAAUAACAAGCUCCAUGGCUUGAUUCCUAGUUCAAUCUAUGGACUUGUGCAACUUAGCAACCUUGAUAUCUCCUCAAACAACUUGAGUGGAGUUGUGAAGUUUGAAAAGUUUAAAACUCUCCAAAGUCUCACCUAUCUUGAUCUUUCCUAUAAUCAUCUAAUGGUGAGUUUUCAGAAUUUCAGUAAUUAUGCAUUGCCUAAUCUUUCAACCCUGCACAUGUCAUCCUGCAAUAUAACUCAGUUUCCGUACUUCCUGAUAAACUCAACCCAGUUGACAUCGCUGGAUCUUUCCAACAAUCAAAUUCAAGGCAACUUUCCAGCUUGGGUGUUGGAAGUGGGGAGAAAUUCAAUUUCAUAUGUUAAUCUUUCUCACAAUUUCUUGACGGGCAGUAUAGAACAAUUUUUGUGGAAGAACAUACAGUUUCUUGAUCUUCGUUCCAAUUUGUUUAGAGGAAAACUUCCUAUUCCAUCACCUUCAACAUACUUCUUUUCCAUGUCAAACAAUCAGUUGACUGGACGAUUGCCAUCUACCAUUUGCAACCUGACUUCUGUUAAAGUAAUUGAUUUAUCAAACAAUAGUUUGAGUGGCAGGAUUCCUGAAUGUAUAGGGAAUUUGAGUCCAAAACUCUCUGUUUUGGAUUUGCAUAUGAAUCAGUUUCGUGGGAAGAUCCCUUCAACAUUCCCAAAGGAUAAUUUCUUGAGGAAUCUUAACCUUCAUGGGAAUCAGAUGGAAGGAACACUGCCGCAGUCUCUACUCAAUUGCAAAAUGCUGGAAGUUCUAGACCUGGGAGACAACAACAUAAACGAUACUUUCCCAAAAUGGUUGGAGUCUCUUCCGGAGUUGCAGGUUCUCAUCUUGAGAUCUAACAGACUGUAUGGUCCAAUUGGAAAUCCAGAGACCAAAUUUCCCUUCCAGAAACUGCGGAUCAUCGACCUCUCCUCCAAUCAGUUUGGUGGCCCUUUGCCAGCGAAGUACUUUUAG